AUGGCCACCAGGCAAUUUCAUGCUACUACACAAGUGUCCAUGCGAAAAAAGAUAUCCAAGGCGUCGAAAGCAGAUGACGAAGAAAUACUUCAGCACUUUCAGCCAGAUGGAGGAUUAGAUGUGCCAGUGGCCGGAUACCUAUUACACCGUCAGCAGCGGCAGACAUUAUACUACAUGCGACUAAUUGAGCACGAGAUUCCAAAACUCCGUUCCGCAAACCAUUUGUCCCUCCAACUGUCCGCUACACCCCUCGUCAUACGGUCCGUCGAUUUUGCUGGGGAACAACAUCCAUUGACAGCUAAGCGGAGUGUUGUCGUUCCGGUCGCGCAUCUUCCCCUGCGGAACGAAGUAGCUUUUCACAGAGCGAAACUCCUCGCCGGCGUGCGGUGGAUGCCAGAGCCCCCAAGAGACUCUGGUAUUUCAACGGAUGAGGAUGCGGCCAAGCAUGGUUUUAUCAAGAUUGCAUGCGAGGACUUUCCGCGAGCCAACAUGAAUUUAAAAUGGAUCAGCGAUACGCUUGAUAAGCUGGUUCUCGAAGCAAAUGCUGAGGGCGAGGCACCCUAUCAGCGGCUACCACUGGAUACCCGACAUCUCGAUUCUAAAGUGCGGAAAUCGAAGAAGGGUGAUCAUGUUCGAGGCAGAGGUGGAUUGCGUCCAAGUCUUAAAGACUUCCCCACGGAAUGGCUUCCAAAGCGUCAAGAAGACGUGAUAUCUUCUGUACUUCCAUCUCAAUAA